AUGCUGCCCUUGUCAACUAAAAAACAUGUAUUUUUUGCUAUCUGCCCGUGUGUCUUCGCCUUCCUGCCCCUCCUGCAACCCAUAUCAGGCGGCAAGGGCAGGCGGGUAGCUGAUGAUGUGAAGGUGGGGCAGAGGGAGAGACGGCCCUUGGUUGGGAAUGGGAAUGGGAGUGUGGUGCAGAGUGUGAUUGUGGGGCGGAGUGGGAGUAGAGAAGGAAAGGAGGAGAAACUAGAGGAGGGAGAGGAAGAGGGGGAAGAGGAGGAGGAGGGGGAGGAGGGGGAGGAGGAUGAAGAGGUGGAAGAUGAGGAAGAGGAGGGAGAGGAGGAAGUGGAGGAAGAGGAAGAAGAGGAGGAAGAGGAGGAGGAAGAGGAGGAAGAAGAAGAGGAUGAGGAGGAGGAGGGUGGGCGUGUGAGUGGUCCGGAAGUUGUAGUGUUUCAGGAAGGGAGUAACCUCAAGAAGCAAGCAACACGUGUCAAGCUCCUAUUGGGCGGCCAGAUCAGCAGCAGGAAGGAGAGGAAGCUCUUUAUGUCGUCCAAGGUGGCCAAUAUCUUCAGGGAUCCCAACGCGCCGGUGGAAGAACCAGAGGGGAGGCGGAGGAGAGGGAGGGGGCGGGCGGGGAAGAAAGAGGAGGAGGACGAGGAGGAGAAGGAGACUCGGCUGCACAUGGAGGAGUACAUUGCGAUUGCGAGGGAGACAGAGCGGUUGGGAGUGUCAACGAUGGAGUGGAACCAGCGCAAGCAGUGGGAGACGAACCACAUCGUGCGCCACCUGGGCGUCAAGCCGCCCAAGCGCAUGAGCAUGAACAUAGCUGCUACGGAGGGGUAUCGAUCGGUGCAACGGAAGAAGCGACUGAGGGAACUGGAAGAGGAAGUUGCCUCUGGUAUGAUCCAAGUGAAGGGAGGAAACCCGCGCGACAAGAAGAGCAAGCACAGGAGGCUGGGGCAGGGCACUCUAGCCAGGCUCCUAGCCGAAGAGGAAGAGGCCAAAGAAGGCCGCCCGAGAAAGGCGCGUGUUGAUUGGCGGGCGGAGGAGAGAGGGCUUAAAGCCUCGGAUGGGGAUUACCAAGGUCAAUAG